GGGGCCGCGGUGCUGGCCCGGCCCAGUCCCUGCGGCUUCUCACCAGGCCUGGGCAGCUGCAGGAAGCCACUCCAAGCCGCCUGGGGUGUGCGAGCGAAACCCCGCCCCGGGGUCCCCGAUCUUUGCCCCCUUCCGCCUGCCUGGCCUGCGCCUCCCCAGCGCCAGCGGCGUGCUGCGCGGCCUUUUGUGUCGGGCGCAGGACGGCGGCGCGGCGCAGGAGGAGGGUCAGCAGGAGGGCGGCUGUGCAGCUGGAACCCCCGCCCCGGCCAUGCGGGCUGGGCUGCUGGUCGGGGCCGCCUGCGCCGCGCUCCUGCUCCUGCGGCCCGCGGUUCUGGGCCGAGGGCCCUCCGGGAGGACGCAGCCGGGGCCCUUCGCUGCCGAGAGGCGCCGCCUGGGCCCCCAUGUCUGCCUCUCAGGCUUCGGGAAUGGCUGCUGUCCAGGCUGGGUGCCCUCAGUGGGCAGCGGGCACUGCACCCUGCCCCUCUGCUCCUUUGGCUGUGGGAGUGGCAUCUGCAUUGCGCCAAAUGUCUGCUCCUGUGUGGAUGGGGAGCAAGGGGCCACCUGCCCAGACGCCCACAGACCCUGCGGGGAAUACGGCUGUGACCUGACCUGCAACCAUGGUGGGUGUCAGGAGGUGGCCCGAGUGUGCCCCGUGGGCUUCUUGAUGACAGAGACCGCCGUGGGCAUCCGGUGCACAGACAUUGACGAGUGCCUGAGCGCCUCCUGCGAGGGCCACUGUGUGAACACAGAAGGCGGGUUUGUGUGUGAGUGUGGGCCGGGCAUGCAGCUGGCUGCGGACCGCCACAGCUGCCAAGACACGAACGAGUGCCUGGGGACGCCCUGCCAGCAGAGGUGCAGGAACAGCGUGGGCAGCUACAAGUGCUCCUGUCGCAGUGGCUUCCACCUGCACGGCAACCGGCACUCCUGCGUGGACGUGAACGAGUGUCGCAGGCCGCAGGAGAGGCGAGUCUGCCACCAUUCUUGCCACAACACGGUGGGCAGCUUCCUAUGCACCUGCAGACCCGGCUUCAGGCUGCGAGCCGACCGCGUUUCCUGCGAGGCUCUGCCCCCAGAGGUGCUGGCACCCUCGGCUAUCCUGCAGCCCAGGCCUCCUGCGAUGGCGUUGCUGCUUCCUCACAUUGGCCAGCCGGGCCUGUCCCCAGGUCACAGUCCCAGUCCUGGGGCCCCAGGUCCCUUUGCUGGGCUUGGGACCACCCACCCUCUAGGACCUUUUUGGCUGUUGUCCACCCCUACUGCUGCUCCAGUACCUGGUGCCUCGCUGCUGGGAACCCUUGGAUCCCCCUCCCUCCUCCAGGGGGAGGCGCUUGCCACCCCUUCUUCCCCCCACGACCUGGAGGACCAGAGUCUGGCCCCGGGACUCUCUCCCUGCUGGCACCUGGGAGCCGUGCACGCAUCAGGGAGCCGCUGGGCUGUGCCCGGGUGCAUGCAGUGCUGGUGCGAGGACGGGGAGGUGACCUGUGCGAAGGUGAGGUGUGAGGCCGUGUGCUCCCACCCAGCACCCGCUCUGGAUGGGGGGUGCUGCCCGUCCUGCACAGGCUGCUUCCACAGCGGCGCGGUCCGCGCGAAUGGGGAUGUGUUUUCGCCUCCCGGUGAGAACUGCACGGUCUGUGUCUGUCUGGCUGGGAAUGUGUCCUGCAUCUCGCCCGAGUGUCCUCCCGGCCCCUGCGAGGCUGCUCUGCAGCAGGACUGCUGUGCCUGUGCCCCUGCACAGUGCCACUUCCACGGCCGCUGGUACUCGGAGGGGGCUGUGUUCAGUGGCACUGGUGAUGACUGCACUACCUGUGCCUGCCAGAAUGGGAAGGUGACAUGCUCCUUCAUGCCGUGUCCUGAGCCAGACUGUCCCCGGGAGGAGUGGCGGCUGGGCCCUGGCCAGUGCUGCUUUUCUUGUCUUGAGCCCACGCCCCGCUCAGGCUGCUCCCUGGAUGACAACGGGGCCGAGUUUCCAGUGGGACAGAUUUGGUCACCCGGCGACCCCUGUGAGUUAUGCAUCUGCCAGGCAGACGGCUCUGUGAGCUGCAGGCGGACAGACUGCGUGGACUCCUGUCCCCACCCCGUCCGGGUCCCUGGGCAGUGUUGCCCCGACUGCUCGGCAGGCUGCACCUAUACUGGCCGAGUCUUCUACAACAACGAGACCUUCCCAUCGGCCCUUGACCCAUGCCUCAGCUGCAUCUGCCUGCUGGGCUCGGUGGCCUGCUCGCCGGUGGACUGUCCCAUCGCCUGUACCUACCCCUUCCACCCUGAUGGCGAGUGCUGCCCUGUGUGCCGUGAUUGCAAUUAUGAGGGCAGGAAGGUGACCAAUGGCCAGGUUUUCAUGCUGGAUGACGAGCCCUGCAUGCGCUGCACAUGCCAGCUGGGAGAAGUGAGCUGUGAGAGGGUCCCCUGUCCGCUGGCCUGCACAGACUCUGCCCUGCCUGCCCCUGCUGGGGACUGCUGUGCCUCCUGCUCAGGCUCCCCGCACCCACUUGGCGUGAAGCCAGAGCCAAGCCCUCCAGGAGCCACCCGCAGCCCCCACGAAACCGCGGAGGCCCCUGACCCCUGCAGCUCCUGCCACGGGCCGCCCCCUGCAUCCCUGCUGCAGUCCGUGCUCCAGCUGCGCCAGCUGCUCUCAGGGGCCAACGUGUCUCGCCUGCUCCCCCAGCCCACAGGCCAGCCUGGAGCCCAGGCCUCGCCCCGCUGGAAGCCGGGGGGCCCUUCCCCAGGGAGCCCAGGCUCCCCUCCGACACCUCCCUCCCCGUCUCUACCUCCGGCCUCUCCAGGCCAGCCUCUGUCCACCCCAGGCGCCCGGUUCAUCGUGGAGGCUUCUCCGAGCCCCGUGCCCGCCCCAGGCUCCACGGCCAAAACUCCCACCACCCGGCUCCAGCCUCGAGGGCUCUCUGAGGCUUUAAAGGCCACCACCCGCCCCCACUCCCAGCGAGUCGCCACGGGGACCCCCCAGAAGGAAGAGCCCCCGCUCUAAGGAGCCCCCUGGCCUGGGAGAUUAGGGACAGAGGCUGCCGAAGGGCCAGAGGCUAGAUCCCCGUGGGGUGAUGGGGGGGUGAUGGGGGCGGGCGGGCAGAUGCGGCGGGCAGGUGUGGCCUCAUGCUCAGGUGUCCAGGGCUGUCCACCGGGUCCUCGUCAGCAUGUGAAGGCUGCAGGGCUGGCUCCUGAGGAAGGUGGGCUGCCGAGCCCAGCCCAGGGGCAGCCACCUGUCCCCACCCUAUCACCAUGAUUAAAUGGUC